CCAGGCACUGGCCAGGACAUUGUCAAACAGUGAUAGCAGAGACAUCAUCAGGUCCCUUCCCUCAGAUGGCCCUGACCUUGUGCUCUUCUCCCUCUUUUCCUGCAGGAUGAAGAUGAGACGCUACAAGCUCUUUCUCAUGUUCUGUAUGGCUGGCCUGUGCCUCAUCUCCUUCCUGCACUUCUUUAAGACCCUGUCCUAUGUCACGUUCCCCCGAGAACUGGCCUCCCUCAGCCCUAACCUAGUGUCCAGCUUCUUCUGGAACAAUGCCCCCGUCACGCCCCAGGCCAGCCCGGACCCGGGAGGCCCUGACCUGCUGCGGACCCCCCUCUACUCACACUCACCCCUGCUGCAGCCACUGUCACCAAGCAAGGCCACUGAGGAACUCCACCGGGUGGACUUCGUGCUGCCUGAGGAUACCACCGAGUAUUUUGUACGCACCAAAGCUGGGGGCGUCUGCUUCAAACCAGGCACCAAAAUGCUGGAGAAGCCGCCACAGGGGCGACCAGAGGAGAAGCCCGAGGGAGCCAACGGCUCCUCGGCCAAGCGCUCGCCCCGGUACCUGCUGAGCACCCGGGAUCGCGCGGGCAGCCGGGGCCUGAGGCGCAAGUGGGUCGAGUGCGUGUGCCUGCCCGGCUGGCACGGGCCCAGCUGCGGCGUGCCCACCGUGGUGCAGUACUCCAACCUGCCCACCAAGGAGCGGCUGGUGCCCCGGGAGGUGCCGCGCCGGGUUAUCAACGCCAUCAACAUCAACCACGAGUUCGACCUGCUGGACGUUCGCUUUCACGAGCUGGGCGACGUGGUAGACGCCUUUGUGGUGUGCGAGUCCAACUUCACAGCCUACGGGGAGCCGCGGCCGCUCAAGUUCCGCGAGAUGCUGACCAACGGCACCUUCGAGUACAUCCGCCACAAGGUGCUCUACGUAUUCCUGGACCACUUCCCGCCGGGCGGCCGGCAGGACGGCUGGAUAGCCGACGACUACCUGCGCACCUUCCUCACCCAGGACGGCGUCUCGCGGCUGCGCAACCUGAGGCCGGAUGACGUCUUCAUCAUCGACGACGCCGACGAGAUCCCGGCCCGCGACGGCGUCCUCUUUCUCAAGCUCUAUGACGGCUGGACCGAGCCCUUCGCCUUUCACAUGCGCAAGUCGCUCUACGGCUUCUUCUGGAAGCAGCCGGGCACGCUGGAGGUGGUGUCGGGCUGCACUGUGGACAUGCUGCAGGCCGUGUACGGGCUGGACGGCAUCCGCCUGCGCCGCCGCCAGUACUACACCAUGCCCAACUUCCGCCAGUACGAGAACCGCACGGGCCACAUCCUGGUGCAGUGGUCGCUUGGCAGCCCCCUGCACUUCGCGGGCUGGCACUGCUCCUGGUGCUUCACGCCCGAGGGCAUCUACUUCAAGCUGGUGUCUGCCCAGAACGGUGACUUCCCCCGGUGGGGUGACUACGAGGACAAGCGGGACCUCAAUUACAUCCGGAACUUGAUCCGCACCGGGGGCUGGUUUGACGGCACGCAGCAGGAGUACCCGCCAGCCGAUCCCAGUGAACACAUGUACGCCCCUAAGUACCUACUCAAGAACUACGACCAGUUCCGCUACCUGCUGGACAACCCCUACCAGCAGCCCAAGAGCACCGCGCAAGGCGGGCGGCGCCACAAGGGCCCGGAGGGGAGGCCACCUGCCCGGGGCAAAUCGGACGAGGUUGAAGGCUAAGGCUGCAUGAUCUUAUAGGGCCCAUGGCAGGGUCGGGAGUGGUGGCCGCCCCUAGAAUGAUCUCCCUGCCUCCUUCCACUGGCUUGGCUUGAUGGCUCUUGAGAGGACCAGGAGUGGGUGGGCGGGUGGGUGUAUGGAGCUUACUCCAUUCCAGCCCUUGUCAAUCAAGGGGCAGGCCUUUGUUCUCAA